CGAAUGAGAGCGCAACCGGGAGCGGCGGCGGAGGCAGCGGCGGCGGCGGCGGCAGCACACACCGACGGAGAGGCGCCGCAAACGGACCGACGGAGAGGCGCCGCAAACGGACCGACGGGCGGACGCCAAGUGGCCCGCCCGGUUGAAAGGUGAGAGACGUCACGGUGGGGCUGGGAGUCUUGUCUCAAGCCAACGCUCCCCUCCCACUCCCGGCAGGCAGUCAGUCAGUCUCCUGACUUUUGUUUCCCCAUCACCGUCCGAGCAGCCUUCUUCUUCCUGCCGGCCGGCCGACGCCAUUAAUGGUACACUGCUGAAGCCAUGGCGGUGCCUUCAGCUCGCGAGUUUCAUUGGCAGAGCCUGGCCCGACUGCCCAGCGGCCGCGUCUACCACUCUCUCUCCGAGGUGGGAGGGCAGAUGUACAUGCUGGGGGGCUGCGACGCUGCAGGGAGCCCAUGCGCCACCUUGGAACUCUACUCCCCAGAGGGCGACCGCUGGAUAGGCCUGCCCUCCAUGCCCACCCCACGUGCUGGAGCUGCUGUGGCAGUCUUUGGGAAACAGAUCCUUGUGGUGGGGGGAGUGGGACCACACCAGAGACCGGUCAAGGUGGUGGAAACGUAUAACACAGAUGAAGGGAGGUGGAGGAAGAGGAGCGCCCUGCGAGAGGCCCUGAUGGGCUUGUCCGUAACUCUAAAAGAUGGCCGCGCUCUUGCAGUGGGCGGAAUGGGUGCCGACCUGCUCCCUCGUAACAUCCUUCAACAGUACGACUUUCGUAAGGAUGUGUGGGCUCUGCUUCCUCCCAUGCCCACCCCGCGCUAUGAUGCCAACACGCGUUUAUUGGAUGACAAACUCUAUGUAGCAGGCGGGCGGCAGUGUAAGCGGCCCGUGAAGGCUUUCGAGAUGUACGACACGGAGACGCGCUCGUGGACGGCGCUUCCCAUGCUGUCGUGUAAGCGCUCCUAUGCGGGUGUGUUGUGGGACAAUGGCGGGAGGCUGUGUUUGCUGGGAGGUCUGCGCCAGGGAGCAGGACAUCAGACGUCAAAGUUUACCAACAAUGUCCACAUUUUUGACUGUAAACAAGGUAUGUGGCUGAAGUCAGAUGAGACCGUGUCCUUGAAGAAAAAGAGAGCUGACUUUGUCACUGCUUUGCUGCGUGGACGCAUGGUGGUAGCGGGUGGAUUAGGUCAUGAGCCCUCUGCACUGGACACAGUGGAGGCUUUUCAUCCUCUGAAGAAAAAGUGGGAGCCAUUGGCUUCCAUGACGUUCCCCCGCUGCUCUGCCUCCUCCAUCGUCAUCAGAGAUCGACUUCUAGUCGUGGGUGGAGUCAACCAGGUGCCCAGUUCAGCCCAUGAGAUACUCUAUGUCAAAGAAGAGGAGUAUUUGUAGUCUGAUCCAAACUAAAUGAAAACCUCAGCAGCAAUCACACAGCCACUGUCGCAGACAACACUGCCCUUUGCUGGGCUUUAGGAAUACUGCAACUAUGUACAGUCGUGCAGACGACGGAUCGGACGCUUUGGAUAUGCAAACUUAGCUUUCUGGGGAAAUCUUCAAAUCGGUUUCUGUAUUGUGCACAUGUUUUGUUGCUUAUGCCUUGUAUGGUAGAGAUUUUUCCCUGGAAGAAGAGGACAUUCUAUUUUUUAUAUACAGCAUGUCACGUCGUUUGUACGAAAUCCACAUUUUAAAGUUGGAUAGUAUGAGUGCCACAUUACAGUAGACUGCUUCAAAUGUUCCGUGAACUUUGCAUUUGCACUGAAGCUGAAAAUUGUCUCCGUCGACCUUUUGAUUCAAUAUGCUAUUCUUGCCACAUGCACCUCUCUAUGCUAAGGGCAUAUGGAGUCAAGUGAAUGUACACUUAGCACUGAAGCAAUACAGCCGCAUAUUUCUUUUCUGGUGGAGCAGCAUGUUGGUCGACUCGUGGCGUCCGUAUUAGCAAUCCUCUCGGCUUCCGUCACCCAUUUGCUGUCCGGGUUUGGAGAGAUUGCGGUCAAUGAGAUGUAAGUCAAAUGUUUGUCUGCUGGCUCUGUGGAUUUGGGGCUCAGCCAAAAAGAAAGGACACGAAUGAGAUGAUGUGUCUGGAUCAGGGCUCUGCAACUCUGGCCUGUUUUGCUCCAACAUACCUGAAGCUCGAUUAAGCCUGACAGGCAUCCUGAUGAAUUGAAUCAG